CGCUGUGCGAAGGCUGCGCGCGGGGGGACCGGGAAAUGUUCCGCCGGGCCCCGCGCAACUUCCGCGGCCGGCGGCGCGCGGCUUCCAGCGGCAGCAGCUGCGGUAGCGACGGCGAGCGGGGGUCGACCUCCGCCCUACCGCCGGACCGCGACCCCGACGAGGAAGCGGAGUCCGGGGAAAGCGACGGGGACCGCGGUGGCGCCGCCUCGUUCCCUGAGGGCGCCCGAACCGCCGCAGAGCGACCGCUGUCCUCGGCGGAGCCGGCGCGGGGAGCUGGGGCGGUGCUGAGCUUCGGGAGCGACGAGGAGGAGCGGGGAGGUGAUGAGGGAGUUUUUAAAAUCAAAAAGCCAUCCUUCAAUGAAGUGACGUUCAGAAUUCAAAAGAAGAAAAGCCUGCUGUCCACAGGGAGCGAAGUUGAUGAGAGCAAAAAAAUACCUCAGUUGGAGCCUGGGACUGGCAACGCUAAAGGUGCUCAAGAGGUAAAGGAAGAGAGUUAUUCUUCACUAAGUGAGGACUACAAUAGCACAGACUCUGAAAAUGAAUCCAACCCAUCUCAGAGGAGGAAGGAUUCAUCACCAGGCUGCGUGGCGGCUGCUUGGGGGAGGCGUCCCCUGGCCAGGCCAGCAGAUUAUCUCCCCUUGGAUGUUUCUGAUGACCGUCAGCCUUCUUGGAGGAGAGGAAGCAGUGAUUCAGAGGAUGAGUCUGAUAUGAAUGAUCUCCGCUUUGUUCCGAAAAUGAGAACGCUUAGGCAAAGGAUGGCUGAACACAUGGUGCCUGUGAGUGAUGAAUCAAGUGAAGAUGAAGCAGAAACAAAGUGGGAAGAACAGCAAAUUAAGAAAGCCCUCAAACUCCCUCAGGAAACUUACAGUGAUGCUUCCCUGUGUAAAUCUCAACCAGCUAAACCUAUGUGUGGUCCCUGUGUUUCCUUACCACCUGUGAACUUGGAAACUAUAAAAAAGCAACUGACUGAAAGGAUAGCAUCAUUGCAGGAUGUGCACCGUGCUCACCAGAGGGAGUAUGGAAAAUAUGUGGAGGACAUUGAAAGUUCAAAGAUAACCGUCCAGGAAUUAGAGAAGUCUUCAGAUGCUGCUAUGAAUUACAAAUUCUACAGGGGCAUGAAAACAUAUGUAGAAAACUUAGUAAACUGUUUCAAUGAAAAACUGAAAUACAUAGAUGAGCUAGAAUCUGCUGUACAUGCACUUCUUCAGCAACGAGCCACAUCAGCACUGAAACGAAGGCAAGAUGACCUGAAAAUGGAAUCUGCUUAUAUGCAGCAUCUGGCAGCUGGGAAUGGCAAACCAACUACUGAUGGACUGGAAAGUGAUGAAAGGAUGAAGCUUCUGAAAAUGCGUGAGCAUCGAAGGGCUUGCAGACGGCAGCUGAGAGAACGUUCACAGACAGCUGGGCACCACGAAGGCAUGUCGAGUGAUGAUGAACUGACUGUGACGGAGUUGGCUGAAUUCCAGAAGAGCAGAGAUAACAUUUUAGAGGAGAGUAGGAAAAUCUUUGAAGAUGUCCAUGAAGAUUUUUAUGACAUCAGAAAAAUCCUGUUGAAAUUCCAGGAGUGGAAAGAGAAGUUUCCCGACUCUUACUGCGAUGCUUACAUCAGUUUUUGCCUGCCUAAGCUUUUAAAUCCAUUAAUCAGAGUUCAGUUAAUAAAUUGGAGUCCUCUUGAGCAGAAUUCUACAGACUUGGAAGAGAUGCCCUGGUUCAGAGCUGUGAAAGAAUUCAGUGAUGCCAAAAAGUCAUCUGAAUCAAAAAGAGAUCCUGAUGAAGAAGUUUUGCCCAGAGUGAUUGAAAAAACUAUUCUGCCAAAAAUUACAGCAUUUGUAAAGAGUGUGUGGGAUCCUUUAUCAACUUCACAGACUGAGAGCCUUAUACAGCUUUGCCAUAACGUGCUUGAACAACAAGUCCUGUCCAGAAGUGAGCGCAGCCAAGCAAGACAGGAUUUGAUUCACGGGGUUGUCCUGAGGAUGAAGAAGUCUGUAGAGGAGGAUGUCUUUAUCCCUGUGUAUCCUACAAGCACUGUGGAAGACAAAUCAUCACCGUGUUCACAAUUCCAAGAAAGACGGUUUUGGUCAGCUGUGAAGCUGCUCUCCAAUGUUCUGCUUUGGGAUGGGAUUGUAGAGGAAGACGUGCUCCGAGAUUUGGGACUCAGCAAGCUGCUGAACCGUUACCUUCUUCUGAACCUCUUCAACACGCCACCAGGGCCAGAAAACAUAGAGAAGUGUAAAAAGGUGGCUGCGUGCUUCCCACAAAGGUGGUUCCACAAUCUCGGAAGCGGCUCAACUCUCCCUGAGUUACUGAACUUCUGCCAGCAUUUGCUUCAGUGUGCACGUGUGCUCCACAGGAACAACCACAGUGAUGAAACCGAAGAAGUUAUUCUCCUGAUGGUGAAAGUCAAGGCUCUGUGUAUUGCUGAAGAGUUCAUUGAAGAGUACAAACUGGAACAUCUGAGAUCUGUGAUCAGAAAAUAAGGAUUUCUUUGAAACAGCAGUUCUUUUACUGAAACAACCUGGUGCUCACUCUAAAAAAAGUGGUAAUGUUUAAUUAGUGG